UGUCCGCUGGACUGCCAUUUCAAAGGUGACAGCUGACCGGAAAGCAGCGUAGAGCGACAAAAAACGGAAACAUUUUUUCUGUUUAUUUUCUGAGGAAAAAACAUUGUGGGGGAUGAGGGUGUACCUGCUGGUCCUAUGUCUGGCUUUGCUGCAGCAGCAGGGAAGAGCCAGGCCGGACCCUCCGGCCUGCAACAGCCCUGAGGCAGUGAGAGUGGCAGAAGAGGCCCUGGAGCAGAUCAACCAGGACCGGACAAAUGGAUACAUCCUGUCCCUCAACAGACUGUAUGACGUCUCUCACACCCCUGAAAAAGAGAAAGAUAGGUUGCUCUACAAACUGACCAUUGAUGUCAUGGAGACCGUGUGCCACAUCACCAGCAGGAAACCAUGGAAACAGUGUGAAAUCAAAAAUAUUGGAAAUAUUCCAGUGUACGGAGAGUGCGAGGUAUCUGCCUACCUUGACACUCAAGUCAAACUUCAAAACUACUCCUGUGUACUUCGUAGAGUUUCUUCAAGGAGCGUUCUGGGCGUUUGCCCGGACUGUCCCACAGCUAGGGAUUUGAACCAUCCCGCUGUCAAGGAGACAGCCAAUCUCUCUCUGCAGAAGUUCAAUGAGGAGAGCCGUCUGGCCAACUACUUUACUCUGGAGAACAUCACAAAAGCCAGUGCACAGUGGGUGGUUGGUCCGUCCUACUUUGUGGAUUUCACCAUUGUGGAGACAGUGUGUUCAAAGGAAACAGAUGCCAGUGAGCUGAGCAGCUGCCCACCUAUGGACUGUCAGUUUGCUCAUAGAGGCUUCUGUGUGGGCUCACACAUGGAGCCUCAUGAUGAGUACAUAUCCAGACUCAAAGACAGCUCAUUACAGAAAAAGAAUUAUGCAAACGUGAAGUGUGACAUCUACGAACCUCAGGCUGCUGUUGCGGAGGAGCAGGCCCACGCAAAGGCAGACAGCGAGCACACUGAGCAUCAGCACCACAACCACACACACCUGCACCCCCAUGAGCACGUGCACUCAGUCACACCCGGAUCAGACCCCACUGUCUCCAAGCCGCGGGGUUCCCUGGGGACUGUGGUGGAGCAACCUGAAUCUCCCAGAUCUGCCCCAACAGCAAGCUCUUGCCCCGGGCCGAACAGGCACAAUCUGGGCAUAAACCACUUCAAUCAGUGACUGGCUGGACGCAGGGCUGCAUCUUUCACAGAAGACAAGAAAGUGUUACCUAGAAGUAACAACAUUAAUCCUUCUAAAUAAUUAGAUUACAUUGAUUGUUUAAUAAAACAUUUUCAAAGCUGGAA